AACGCAAUGCAAAAAAACAUGAAUCAUUAGGAGCUUAUGCUGAUUGUUCUCAAUUCCCUCAAUGGAACCAAAGUCCCAACCUUCAGGUAAUAGUCCUCCGCCGAAACCGUGGGAGCGAGCACCCUCCUCAUCUGGCCCUGCACCUUUUAGACCUCCAUCAGCUGGUAAUACAAGUGAUGUUGUUGAGGCUUCAGGGACUGCAAAGCCAGGGGAAAUAGUUUCUAAUUCUGAUUACAAUGCAACCAUCAAUAGCAGCAAUACACUUGGGAGACCCCUUCCCACAAGACCAUGGGAGCAGAAUUAUGGAAAUAGUACCUAUGGAGGUUAUGGUUCCACAAUGAAUUAUAAUUCUGGAUAUGGGUCUGGAAUGUAUGGAUCUUACGGUGGAGCGGGAGGGUUGUAUGGAAACAACAUGUACAGAGGAGGGGCUGGGGGGCUUUAUGGGUCAUCUGGGAUGUAUGGAGGUGGAAUGUAUAACAGUGGCUUUGGUGGUCCAAUGGGUGGUGGUUAUGGUGUCGGCGGUGCUCCUUUUGGAGCUGAAGAUCCCAAUAAUCCAUAUGGUGCUCCUUCAUCGCCUCCAGGAUUUUGGAUUUCUUUUCUUCAUGUGAUGCAAGGUGUUGUUAACUUCUUUGGUCGUAUUUCCACUCUCAUAGACCAGAACGCACAGGCUUUUCAUAUGUUCAUGACCGCACUUCUUCAGCUUUUUGAUCGUUCUGGUGUAUUAUAUGGAGAGCUAGCUAGAUUUGUGUUGCGGUUGCUUGGAAUCAGAGCUAAACCCAAGAAGAUUAACCCACCAGGUCCCAAUGGACUUCCACUGUCUGCGCCGCACAACUCCUCGGUAGGGAACUACAUUGGAGGAACAAAAGCUGCUCCAAGUGGUCCAUGGGACAACUUGUGGGAAAAUGACACCAGCAAACGAUGAUGUGAAAUUGUUUUUCUUAUAGAGUCCAAAUACAAGCACAUGGGAGUUAAGAACCGAGGGGUAGGAUUAGGAAUCUGAAUGAAGAUACUGAAAGAUGUGAAACUCAUACUUAUCUCAGACUUAAUGUUCAGUAUACUUUGCUUAGAUUGGUUCAUUCUGCUUAGAUUGCUUAAAACUUAAAAGGGUUGCU